AUGGACCGUAGAAGAAGAAGAGAAGAUGAUGAGAGUGAUUCUGAGCAACCGGUUCUACCCUCAUCUCCUCAGGGACCUUCUAUGGGUCGAUCUUCGCCGAUUGGUAGCCCAGAAGAAAUUGACUUCGAGAACCCCGACGGAGAAGUUGUGGAAAACGAAGAUCUGGAAGAAAUAGAAGAGAGAAUGAAUGAGGUGGACCUAAUGGGUGAUGAAAUGUUCAAAGAUUAUGAUUCGGAUGCUCGAAGAGAUCAGUACGAAGUUGAAGGAAUUGAUGAUAGAGACCAAGGGGAGCUUUCACUGGCAGAUCGGCGUCGAAUCGACGCACAAUUGAAUCAAAGAGAUCGUCUUUUGCGCAGCGAAGCGUAUAUCGAUGAUGACGAUGACGACAAUGAUGACGAUCAGCAACUCGACGAAAUGGGUUUACCGACACAACGGCGUCGCAGACGUCGCCAGUACGAAGAUGACGACGAUUUGUUGUCUGACAUAGAUAUGGACCCACUCACGGAAGAGUUAACCCUCGAGUCUUUAAGUGAUGUCAAGGCUUCAAGCUAUACUGAAUGGAUAACACAGCCUAAUGUGGCUCGGACUAUAGCGCGCGAGCUAAAGGCGUUUCUUUUAGAGUUUACCGACGAUAAUGGCAGAUCCGUUUACGGAGCAAGAAUUAGGACGCUUGGUGAACAGAAUUCGGAAUCCUUGGAAGUCAAUUUCAGACAUUUAGCCGAAUCUAAAGCCAUUCUCGCACUGUUUCUAGCCAAAUGUCCGGAGGAGAUGCUCAAGAUUUUCGAUGUGGUAGCGAUGGAUGCCACACAGCUUCACUACCCAGAUUACGCGCGAAUCCACUCUGAAAUCCAUGUAAGGAUAUCCGAUUUUCCUACACUUUUGAACUUACGAGAGCUUCGCGAGUCGAACCUGAACUCGCUGGUUCGUGUAAGUGGUGUUGUAACAAGAAGAACGGGUGUUUUCCCACAGUUAAAAUACGUCAAGUUUAAUUGCUUGAAGUGUGGCUCGAUAUUAGGGCCUUACUUCCAGGAUUCUAAUCAAGAAGUGAAAAUAUCGUUCUGCACCAAUUGUAGAUCGAAAGGUCCCUUCCGAACGAACGCAGAAAAGACGCUAUAUCGAAAUUACCAAAGAGUCACUCUUCAGGAAGCUCCAGGUUCCGUACCACCUGGACGACUCCCCAGACACAGGGAAGUGAUCCUCUUAUGGGAUUUGGUGGAUAUUGCUAAACCUGGUGAAGAAGUCGAAAUCACUGGUGUUUAUAAAAACACUUACGAUGGAAAUCUGAACGCAAGAAAUGGAUUCCCGGUGUUUGCAACCGUUAUAGAAGCAAACGCUGUGAGAAGGAGAGAAGGUGGAUUGCGAGUUGGCGACGGAGAAGAAGGUCUUGACGUUUUCAGUUGGACUGAAGAGGAAGAACGGGAAUUUCGCAAAAUGUCAAGAGAUCGCACUAUCAUUGACAAAGUCAUAUCGUCCAUCGCACCUUCUAUUUACGGUCAUAGAGAUAUUAAAACAGCAGUAGCCUGCUCACUGUUUGGCGGUGUACCGAAAAAUGUCAAUGGUAAACACGCCAUUCGUGGAGAUAUAAAUGUUUUACUUCUGGGUGACCCAGGUACAGCAAAGUCCCAAAUUCUAAAAUAUGUGGAAAAAACGGCUCAACGUGCUGUCUUCGCUACUGGUCAGGGUGCAUCUGCUGUUGGUUUGACAGCGUCGGUUCGCAAAGACCCCAUUACCAGAGAAUGGACUCUUGAAGGUGGGGCCCUCGUCUUGGCAGAUAAAGGAGUGUGUUUGAUUGAUGAAUUUGAUAAAAUGAAUGAUCAGGAUCGUACAUCUAUCCACGAAGCAAUGGAACAGCAGAGUAUCUCCAUUUCAAAAGCAGGUAUAGUGACAACCUUGCAGGCAAGAUGUUCCAUCAUUGCAGCUGCGAACCCCAAUGGUGGACGCUAUAACUCAGCUUUGCCUUUGGCUCAGAACGUCGAUUUAACCGAGCCCAUUCUGUCUCGUUUCGAUAUUCUCUGUGUCGUUAGGGACUUGGUUGAUGAAGCCACUGACGAAAGAUUGGCGCGUUUCGUCGUUGACUCUCAUGCCAGAUCUCACCCAGACAGUGACCUCCUAGAGGCCGCUGAUGAUGAAGAAGCUCAAGAACUCGGUGAGGCCGGAGAACCUCUUUCCUCUAGGCAAAGGCGACUUCAAAGAGAACGAGCAAAAGAGGGCGAAAUUUCUCCAAUUCCACAAGAAACUCUUAUGAAAUACAUACACUACGCUCGCACAAAAGUUUAUCCCAAGCUUCACCAAAUGGAUAUGGACAAGGUGAGUAGAGUCUACGCCGAUUUAAGAAGAGAGAGUAUAACGACGGGAUCUUUCCCUAUAACGGUUCGGCAUUUGGAAUCUAUUUUGCGUAUUGCUGAGUCGUUCGCGAAAAUGAGACUCUCGGAGUUCGUUUCUUCGUGGGACCUCGAUCGAGCAAUCAAAGUUACGGUGGAUAGUUUCGUUGGGGCUCAGAAAAUAAGUGUCCGGCGCCAAUUACAAAGAUCAUUUGCUAUAUAUACACUAAGUGGAUAA